ACUCGGUACACGAUCCAAGCAAAGCAUAGCCAGUCAAAUCUCCCGGGCGAGCGCGAUUCGCACCCGUGUCGAGCCAAGGCGGGUUGGGGGGAACGGGGGACAGGUCUUGACAGACAAAAAUGCCAUUAUUAUCUGCGCCACUGCUCCCUCCGGGCCCCCCCUCCACCUCGGUGUUGGACAGCUGGACCCUUCUGCAGACUUGCACCUCAGCAUCGGCAGACGAUGCAGCUGUACAUUGCUGCCGCUGUUGCUGAUACAGACCCAACGAGCAGUGAUGACAAGUUCACGACGACUCUUAUCCCUCUCGCCCCCAGGGAUGAUGUACACCAAUUUAUAUGGUGCUCGGGCAUUUUCCUUGUGCUCGUGACAAUAUGGACUGGUUUGCGGAUCUAUUCGAGACGGAUAAGGGGGUUGUCUCUGGCCGUUGAAGAUAUCUUGUAUCACACCGCCGUGCUUUCCUUCUUUGGCUUCGUUGUCGGCUUGUUCUUCGCACUGUACCUCGGUGGAGCAGGACAGCAUAUGAGCAAGCUAAACAAGAACCACAUCGCAAGACUUACACAGUCUAUUCUGGUCAUACAGGCUCUGUACGGCCUGGCAAUGUGUACCGUGAAGUGGAGCAUGCUCUUCAUGCUGAAGCGCAUCUUCGCCGUCAAGCCGUUUGAGAUUGUGGCCUGGAUCAUCAUCUUCCUCCAAGCCGGGUGGCUCGUCAUGACCGUCCUGAUCGGAUUCCUCAUCUGCCGUCCUGUCCAGAAGAACUGGGACCCAACAGUAGAGGGGACGUGCGGCAACCAGAUCGCUGGCUACACAGCUGUUUCCGUGGUCAAUGUCGUCGUGGACGUCUUGAUGCUGUUGCUUCCUCUGCCUAUGGUAUACAGGCUACAGACUAGACCGGGCUACAAGGUCGGCCUGUUUGCUAUUUUCAGCAUCGGUAUAGUUACCAUAGCUUUCUCCGCUGUACGCUUGACGUCUCUGAAUUCGAUCGACUUCAAGGACUUCUCGUUCACUGUCAUCCCAGUCAUGACGUGGACAACUGCUGAAGCCGGGGUCGCCAUAUUGGUCGCAUCAUCGGCGCUCCUAAGGCCUGUGUUCGACAAGCUGUUCAACCGUAUCCUUUCAUUGUCAUCGUACAAAACUCCCGAUGCCUCAGGUGGCUCAGCACAGUUUGCGACCAGCCAGCCAAGGAUGAAAGGCAAGCGGCGAAGGGAGUUUGUGAAUGUCAGAGAUUCCGACGAGAGCUUCGAGCUUGAGACGAGGGGUCCCCGAACCGAAAUUCAAGUCGGAUCCAGACGCAGUAAAGGCACUCUGGACGCAAUGACAGCAGCGGCCGGUGGGUCCCCGGGGGCAAGGGGAGGAUGACCAUCGUGGUCCAGAAGCAGGUCGAGCAGACAUUUGAGGGUAGAAGCGUCUGAUGAACAGAGGGGCUGGGUGACGCAUCCAGCGGAGACCUCUCAUUAUGUGCACAUGAUGGGGCUUUGGGGUGUGGGAUUGACGGGACUUCUGCCAUCCUGUACGCAGUCACUGCCACCAGAUGUGGUGUCACAUCACCUCACUGGUCACCCAAUCCUAACCAUCACAAAAGCUUGGUUACUACCGAAGUGCAGUCAUCAUCCAAUUCAAACAUGAGAAUGGCCAAGCUCCAGGUUAUCGAUACCGGUCUCACAUUGUAUGGACACGGUCUCGUCUACUGGCAUACCCAGCACGGUCACCGUACGCAGCGGUCAUCUGACCUCAAGCAUGGACUGUGAUCCUCUGCUGCCGAGUGGCUAGAACCUCCAUCCUAGCGUCGUCU